AUGGACUCUGAUCGCGAUUAUGAGCGCCUCGAUGAGUCCAGUAAGCCCGUUUGGAUUCACUCGCCUCUGUUGUACGUUGAUCAUGCGGCCCCAGCCCCCGGUUUCACCGCACCAUGGGGCGUAGGCCUCAUUGUUAAUUACCGCUCGCUCUUGCUUACGCACGCAGCGUUUGCCCUGGCUGAACCUUCUCUCGACUCGUUGUGCAUGACGUGGUCUACUGCACUCGUGGACUUUGUCCGGUGGAUUGAAGAAGAAUGGGAGACGCUUCUGAACGGUCUCUCGGUCGGAAAGCUACCCCAGUUUCCAGAGACGGACGACGUGUACUCCGUUAUAAUGACGAAGUUUCACGCUGACCCGGACCGAGCCGAGCAACUCCGCAAGAUUGGCCCGCCCUCGCGAACUGCUGAGGGCUGGCUGAAAAAGGUCUGGCCAAAUCUUGAGCUCCUCUCGGCCGUCUGCACCGGGACGUUCGCCCGCGUGUUGCCCCAGGUUCGGGCAUACGUUGGCCCCGACGUUAUUAUUCGUGUUCCGAUGUACGGUUGCACGGAAUGCUUCAUCAGCCUCGCAUACCACGAUCAGUAUCCAAGUGUAGUAAAGAUGGUCACUGAAAGCUAUAUUGAGAUGCUUGAGAUCACUGCCGAGGGUGGAGAUGGCGAGCUCAAGAAGCUUUGGCAGCUAGAGAAAGACAAACUCUACGAGCCCGUUGUGACAACACGGGAUGGAUUUUGGCGGUAUAGAGUCAUGGACGCCGUACAGGUUGUCGGCUUCGAUCCUGUGGACGGCGCGCCUCUGCUCGUGUACAAAGAACGUCGCAACCAGUCUAUGAGGCUGCCCUUCGCUUUGAUCACCCAAGGUGAUAUCGUCGAGGCUGUAUCACAUGUUGAUGAGCUCAAGCACGUCGAGUUCACGGCAUGGCUGGACGAUCGCAAGGUGCCGCCCUGCGUCGGUUUCUUUGUGGAUGCAUCCCCAGGCGAUAGACUUAUCCCGUCCACCGCCCGAGACGCAUUACUGAGAGGUCUGAUCGAUGCAAACGAGAACUUUGCCAUCGGUGCGAAGAAGGGCUCAUCCGUCAAACCAUCCAUCCGCAUUCUCUCUCCCGGAUCAUUUGCAGAGUUCAGGGCCUGGAAAGGAGCGGCGAACGGAACAGGCAGCUCUCAAAUCAAAGUACCGCUCAUUUUAGUGGAUCCGAAGAGUCAAGAGUUCCUGUUGUCUCGGGUGAUUGACGAAGUGCACUAG